GUACAUACACCAACGAACAUAUUGUCAUGCUCGGCAAUCCAGAUAUCUGGAUCAUGUUGAUUAGAGAACGGUACGAAUAGAGCUGAGCGAUGAAACCUAUACUCUCCACCGUAGUUCCAGUAGUUUGUACCUAAAAGAGCUGAUCUACAACUCGAUCUGCCAGUGAACGCAGCUGUUGUAAGGGUGAGGCGCGGUAACAUUCGUCUUCGCCUACGGUCGGAUUUAGGGGUAACACAGGAAGCCGUUCCUUCACAGAAACCAAAUUGAAAUAGACAGCCAUUACAGCGUACUUUGAUAUCAUAACAAAAAUCAAACUAAGAAUCACGGAGUCACAUCAAGCCAGAAGACCAUUACCUAAACCAAACCUACCAGUCCCAUACCUACCUCCCUCGCACACAAUGAAAGCCUACAAAUUAACCCAAUGGGGGCAACCAGGCCAAUACGUCGACGUGCCCAAGCCCACCCCCGGGCCCAGCGACGUGCUAAUCCGUAUGAAAGCCGCGGGCCUCUGCCGUUCAGACCUCGACAUGGUCGACAGCAAGCCUGGCUCAGCGCCUUACGCGAACUCUCUGGAGGCAGGGUACAUCCUGGGGCACGAGAACGCGGGCAUCGUCUCAGAAACCGGGAGCGCAGUAACGGACCUUAAGGUCGGCGAAGCCGUAGUCGUGCACCACAUGCGGCACUGCGGCAACUGCGAGUACUGCACCGACAACGCGGAGCAGCACUGCGAGGCCUUCAAGCGCAACGCGAUCGGCAUGACGCGCGGCUGCGGCAUCGACGGCGGACUAGCGGAGUUCCUCCUCGUCCCGCGCACAGAGGUCAUUUCCAUCGGCGACGGCGACCCCGUGCUCUACGCGCCGCUCACUGAUGCGGGGGUUACCGCCUACCACGCCAUACAGACCGCGAUCCAGCGACUGAAGCCCGGGACCAGCGCUGCGUUGAUCGGGAUCGGGGGGCUCGGGUCCUACGGCGUGCAGUUCGUCAAGCUGCUCUCCUCAGCGCGUAUUUUCGCAAUCGACAACAUCCCGGAACGUCUGGAAACCGCGCAGGAAGUCGGGGCGGACGAAACCGUGCUGUUCGCCGGCGACGGCAGCGCCGCGGCGCGGGAGAUACUGGCGAAGACCGGGGGGCGCGGGGUCGAUGCGAUCGUUGACUUCGUGGGGACUUCGGGGACGCUGGGGCUCGCGGCGAAGAUAUCGCGGCCGCGGGGACGGAUUGUGCUUGUUGGGAUGCAAGGGGGGACGUUGGAGGUUGGGUGGGGGUUGUUGGCGACGAGUUGUGAGUUUGCGAUUAGUUUGGGCAGUACGAGACAGGAUCUGCGCGAGGUGUGUGAUUUGGCCCGGAAUGGGAAGUUGAGGAUCGAUGUUGAGAGGUUUGGCUUUGAGGAGCUGGAUAGGGCGUAUGAGGCCCUCAGGAAUGGGUCGUUGAAGGGGAGGGCGGUGGUGGUGUUCUCGUAGAUAUUGGAUGCUGAUAGGUGCUUCUGUAGGGCUACCUUGAUGUCUUACCUUGAUGACUACCUCGUAUGAUAGGAGGUAUGCUGCUGCUUUUGCAGGCAAUAUCUCAUGAAGAAAAUACAAAAUAGGUACUUAGGUACAUAUUCAAUGCUCAAUAUUCCAUCAUA